AUAAGAGACCAUGAUCGUGAUUUCGGUUACUUUAUGAGUUUGUUUUCAAUACUCAUUUUAUAAAGUUAUUAAUUGAAAUGUGUUUGGUUGUAAUUGUAAGUCCGUUUAAAAAAACCUUUUUCUAAAAAAAUUAUUUUUCAUCGAGUUCAUCUUUGCCAAAAAUUAAAAAAAAUUGACUGGCUCUUCUAUAAAAGGAGAGUUAUUGGAACACAGCUGUUUCGGGUAAUUUCCAGGCCAAGUUUUUAACGCUUUUGCUUGUUACUUCUUGAUUUGUUUUGAACUGUCGUAGCUGUAAAUGAAUGCCCAGUUCCACCGCUAGAUGCUCUGUUCUAUUAAUGUAUGUACCAAGGUAACCAACAUAUUAUUCAUGUUUAUUUUAAAGAUGACGGUAGAAAUUCAUAUCAUUGCUGUGUUCAUGACAUCCUUGGUCAUCAUAUUUACAACGGGUGCAGAGGCCUCCUUAUGGGACGAGCAGAGGCUAAUUCACGACCUGUUUCAAAACUACAGCAAGUUCUCUCGUCCAGUGGUGAACAGAAAUGAUCAGGUUGUGGUCACAUUCAGGGCGAAACUCAAGCAAAUAAUAGACUUGAAGGACAACGAACAACUUCUACAAGUCAUUCUCUACACAUAUCAGGAAUGGACUAACCCAUUACUCACAUGGAACGCCUCUCUUUACGGUGGAACGGAAGAAAUCAACGUCGACGCCUCGAUGGUUUGGGUGCCGGAUAUUGUGCUAUACAAUAGCGCAGAGUUUACGUUCUCUGGUGGAACUCACAAGUACAAAACGGAUGUUGUCAUAUAUUGGAACGGAAGCACAAUUUGGCUUGCACCCGCGAUGUUUAUCACGGUCUGUCACCUCGACGUGCGAUAUUUUCCUUUCGAUGACCAGAAGUGCCCGAUGAAAUUUGGAAGCUGGACCCACGACGAAACACGUUUAGACAUGCGCAUUCUUACCAAUGCCUCCAGUGACGACAUCUACACGGAACAUGGCGAGUGGCAGCUCUUAGGACUGGAGCAGAAAAGGACCUCAAAGUUUUACGACUGCUGCCCAAAGCCGUACGUGGACAUAACAUAUACUAUCCACGUCCGCCGAAAGCCCUUGUUCUAUACACUGUACUUGAUCGUUCCCGCCAUAAUAAUCACAGCCAUGGUGCUGGUGGGCUUCUACCUGCCUCCAGAGUCCGGAGAGAGGAUGCAGCUUGGAAUUACUGUCUUGUUGGCUAUGAUAGUGUUCCUUCAGCUCUUUUCUUUUUCAGAUGAGCCACUUUCGCCUGAAAAGUAUCAAAGUCAGAUUCGGGCAGGGUUUUCCACAAACUGGUUUAAGACAGAGAAACCAAUGGAAAAGUACUCUGAGCAGAACAUCAAAGAUGUCCACAAAAGAGGGUUUCGUAACUUACGAAUUCGAUGUAGAGCAGAUCUGUACUCAUACGACUUCUCCACCGUCGAAUUCAAACGGUUUCUUGGCUCUCUGACGACCGUUGUCGACCAUUGUCUGAAACACGAUGUGAUUCCAAUUAUCUCCUGGAUACACCACCACGCAGAAGCCUACGCUACAGAGAAGGAUCGUGUCGCCUAUGUUGGUUGGUGGACAGCUGUGGCACGCCAGUUAAAGGACAGGGACUACAGACUGAGUUUUAAUCUCUUCACAGAACUUGGAAUUGACACUUGUAAAGAGGAAGGCAAAAGUUGUGACAAAAGUCUUCGCAGGAGAACAGACAAAUACAACGAGUGGACAAAGGAUGUAACAAAAGCGAUUCGAGGUACGGGUGGAAAUAACGCAAAGCGAAUACUCAUUCUUGCGUCACCAGGAAAAACUGCCAAGGACUUACCUAAAAUCGAUCCAGAAAUUUACAAAAAUGAUCGAUAUAUGAUGGUUGAAUGGCAUCUUUAUGCUUCAGGGCCAAACAAAGAGAAGGAUUCCCAGAAGUAUUGGAGUGGUGAUGGUAAAUCUGGAGGCCAAGCAAAUGUCGAAGAAGCAAUUAGCUACGCGACGAGUUUUUCGAACAAGACUGGUCUGCUGACCUAUCUUGGUGCUUGGAUGCCUCACGAUAACGCAAACGGAGGCAUAACAGAAACAGAAGCCAUAAAAUUUGCCCGUUUCUUUGUUAAGGAGCUGCGUAAAGAGAACAUACCAUGGUCCCUGAACGUUCUGGACAACUACUACGACACCAAGGAAAGCAAAUGGCGGACAGAGACUCAAGUCAUCAAAGGUCAGCAGUUAAAGAUGGCCAAGAUUUUGAACAAUAUUCGUAAAGAAAUGCCAUAAGGCUAUUUAUUAGUUAACUUUACAUCGGUACAUUUGAGCUACUUUAUUAAGUAAGCCCAGAUCGUGUCAGCCAUUUUUUUCGUCUGGGUCACAAAAAAGUAAUAAGUUAGAGUAAUUUUAGUCGUGUUCUGGGGCAUGUUGCACUCCGUAUGAAAAUUUCAGUCAUGGAUUUAGAGUGAUGCAAACUGCUGAAGAAUCGUAAUAAAUCGUUUU